GCCACCGUCAUGAAAAUCACCUGAAGUGGUAUUCUGACCCUGAAACUCGGUAUCUCGAUUGUUGGACUCGGAAAUGUCCCCGCGAUAAUGCAUCCCUAACCUCAAAUCAGCGUCUACUCUUGUACCUUUGCCGUCGAACCACUUGCUGCAGAUACUUACAAGCUUCCAGGAGCUUUCACGGGAGCACAUCGCAGCCAUGUUGAGCUCUUGGACCUUACCAUUAUUCCUCCUUCCAGCGUCAUCGAUAGCGCGGGACGUUGUUUUCCCUCCAGUCUCACCGCUACAGGCAAACCUUGGUGGCCAUGCCAGCCGAUAUCGAUCUCCCGUCGCCUCAGGGAAGGAUCCCUUGGCCGAAUUCGAGAAAUACUCGGGUCUAACCACCUUUGCAAACCUUCCUUGGGUACAUUGCUUAUCGCCGGAUGACGAUGUAGACAAGUAUGAUAUUGCCUUUUUGGGGGCACCUUUUGACACCGGCACUACCGCUCGACCCGGGGCACGAUUUGGCCCCAGUGGAAUCAGAUGGGGUUCUCGACGAAUGCAAGCUGCGGCGGCAUGGGACCCGUAUACCCAUGAGAACACGUUCCUGGGCUGGGCGCGCAUAGUCGAUUGCGGCGACGCACCCCUCACUUUCCUCGACAAUACCGUGGCCUUGCAGCAACUGGAAAAGGCGCACAAAGUGGUUUCCAGCCGGACAGCCAAUACCACAGAAGUGGCCGACGUUCCUAGGAUCAUCACGUUGGGAGGUGACCACACCACCACCUUAGCGGCGUUGCGCUCGACCAUUGACCACUGGGGGCCUGUCAGUGUCAUACACUUUGACAGCCAUAUAGAUACCUGGGAUCCCAAAGUUCUUGGUGGAGGAAUCUCCGACUAUGCUGGGCUCAAUCACGGCACCUUCCUCCAUAUCGCCCACGAGGAAGGCCUCAUUCUGAAUUCUUCCGCACACGCGGGAAUACGAGCCCCGGUCAUCAACAAAAGCUAUGACUGGAAAAACGACAAGCGGUGCGGUUUCGAGAUCAUCACCGCCCGGGAUAUCGACAAGAUCGGUGUUUCGGGGAUUAUCGACAAGCUCAAGGCUCGAGUGGGCGACACGAAUGUCUACAUCUCCGUCGACAUUGACGUCUUGGAUCCAGCAUAUGCUCCCGCCACGGGGACGGCUGAGGUGGGUGGCUGGACGACGAGAGAGCUCCUCAGCAUCCUGGAUGGCCUUGAAGGUCUGAAUGUCAUCGGGGCCGACGUCGUGGAGGUUGCUCCGAUAUAUGAUAAUCCUGGAGAAACGACCGUCCUUGCAGCUGGGGAGGUUGCCCAUCGACUCAUGAGCCUGAUGGUCGAAACUCCCGUAAAGCCAUUGAGGAGGCCUUAGAGAGAGGAAGAAUCCUGGAAGUGUAAGCACAUAAGAAAUGUCCUGAAUAUAGCCUACCCUGUUAGACACAUUCUGUCCGUGGCACGCAAGUAUGCGCUGUCGACAGAUGGAAAUGACCAAAGCGGGUCUGAUAUACUUGUCCGAUGCCCCUCCUGCGCCACCAUGGUAAAGGGCACGAAUGGCUGCGAUGGGCAGUGGUGGCGGCCUGGGCGGUUUGCGAUGGACAACCACUAAACGCCUCAGUAUAGAUCAGAGCGUCGUCAGCCUGUGCUGGGCAACUGUAGGUAGACAAUGUAU